AUGGACAGUGCACAGAUGGACAGUGCACCAGUUGAUGGGAAUAUUGUUUCCCUUGUCCAGACAUAUCUGGACACUUCUUUCCGCCUGGAGGUCCGAGAAACUCGUCUGUCUACUCGUAUCAGAUACGGUGCUGCUGGUAUAACCGAGUUCACGUACGAGAUUCGCCUUGCCAGACCAACCCCUGAUCGGCAAUGGUGUGAGGGGGGUCUCCAAACUGGUUGCGAACCCAUGCCAGGUAAUAUGACAAAGCUGAUGGCUUUGGUUACUUGGUGGGAGGGAGCAGAGCCGCAGAGAUAUGGCACCGCCAUUUCCCAAGCUGCUUCGAUGAAUUUGGCGUCCCAUGCUUUGGGUAGUGGCCGGGGUCCUCUCGUUCCGGACUACUACGGGUACGCGCAGAUGGGAAGAUAUGGCAUUGUGUUGCAGCAAGCCAUGCCUGGUCGCCGGGUCUCAUCCGUAUUUCACCGGAUGGGCAAUCACCAAGUUGAUGUCCUGUUUCAUGACAUUGCCGGAGUCCUCCGAAGGCUCCAGUCAUGGCGUCUCCCGGACACCGUUACGGGGUGGGGCUCCGUGACGCUUACAGACAGGGGGGAGAUCCGUAGCUCGACCGCUCCCAUCCGACCUCGACAGCCGUGUACCUCCCUUGAGGAUUGGUUGACCUGUUCGGCUCUCAGUAGGCUUCAGCUUGCCGAUGAGAGUCGAAUCAUCGAUGGCUGGAGACUCUAUGGUUUGAGGAACCGUAUCCUCAACUAUGUGCGCCGUGGCAUCCCUCGUCUCGUGCAGGCGCUUGAGAACCCUGAUCACAGGGUUUUAACCCAUGGCAGUCUUUCUUGCACCAAUCUUCUUUGCGACGAGAGAACAGGACAGCUGACUGCCGUUCUCGGCACGAAUCGGGCCAUUGUAACGCAUCCCUUCCAAGAAUUCCUCUCCUCCUUCCUUGUCGGAUCCGAACUUACCAUCUUGCCGUAUGAUUCAGGUCCAUUAAAUCUGGACGGUGAUUCCUUGCGAUUUUAUGACGAUAUUUUUCGCAGGGCGUUGGAUUUUCAUGCCGUCAUGACUCCACGUGCUAUUCGUGGCUUCAGGGACGCCUUUGCCCACCAAGUGCUGACGGUUUCCAUCCUUCCUGGCCACCUCACACAAAGGUGUGAAUUUCUUGGUCUCGUGCCCGAAGAGAGGCGUGACGGUGAAAGGGACGAGUCCGCAGCCCGGUUGAACAGGAACUUGUCAGAAUUGGGAUUUUAA